AAGUGGAGGAUGGACGUUAAAAUUCUUCUGCUUACUUGCAAGUAGGGCUGAGUAGUAUACUGAAUUUAUGGAAACAAUGCGACUAAUGUGUUCCUGAAACUCCUCAUGUUCACUAAAGCUGCAUACUAAAAUGCAAAGCUUUAUUCCCUUUCCUGCACUCUCACACACAGGAUGCUCCUAAAACUGCACUUACCCUUUACCUUUCAUUUACCAUUAAAAUGUCUUCCAGCAUAGUUCUGUGCCUCUGAGUUCUUUCCUCACAUGCACACAUAUAUCCUUUGUUUCCAAAAAGACUGCUGUGUGUAAAAGGUGAGCUCCACUAAACAAUAAUCCCUCUGAAAGCUCACAGGCCUGAGGGGACACAGGGUAGGCCUCCACACCAGUACCCCUCAUAUGCCUGAAAACACCCCGAGUACAAUCUGUCUUUUAUACAUUCUAAUGAGGAUUGUAAGUGAAGUACUGAGUGCAUCCGAAAUCAUACACUUCUUUGUAAUAGUUUGUAGUAGGCAAAAUAUAGUAUGCGAAUGAGCAGUAUGUCUGAAUCUUCAGUACAAAUGAGACGGUAAGUAAAUGGUAGCUGGAUGACGUACUACAUUCUGCAUAAUUCUUAAGUGUGAAAUCAAUGGUCGUUAUGCUACGAGCCACUAUACCAGUGAAGAAAGUCGCUUGCUCAGAAUUUUUUGUCUCUGGUGAAGGAUGUGCUGUAUCUGCAAAUUUGAAGUUAAAAACAAUGCCCACUUACAUUAGCGGACUUGAAUAUGUAUUUUGUUCAUUGAUAAAUUGUUUUUAACAAUUUUUAACUUUCGCAGGGCUCAAGAUAUGCAAUUGGAAAACAUCCAGGUCAGGUAAUAUGCAAGAUGGUGACCACAGUGAGAGAAACCGUUCUGUCAUACAUACAAUACAUAUGACAUUAACAGUCCAGUAGUAGGAUUCUGACAAAAUUCAGUAUGCACUGUAAAGUAUACCAUUUAAGAUCAAUGAGUAAUGUCAUAAGCUGAGGAAAAAAGACUGUUAGUGGACAUAGUGGAGUGAAAUGCUUUUUUGUUGUAGCUGCUUUAUUUAACUCAUGCAACAAAGGCUUAGUUUUAUUCCCAGAAUGGAGAAUAAAUGUGGUUUUGGGACUGUUCCGGUGCUGCUGCAGACACUUUGUCAUUAGCGUGAUUAAUGGAAAUAUUUUAUGGAUCUUUUUCAAACUUCGCAGACAAAUUGUGUGAUGAACUGGGACUGAUUAAAUUUUGAAUUGCCUCAUAAUUGAAGCAAUGCGGCUUAGUGGCAUCAAAGGGAAGGGUUAAAGCAGACAUUUGACCUUGUGAAUAUUUGAUUAAUUUUAUUACUGCUUCACAAAACAUUAUAUGCAUGCACAUUUUUCAAUGAUUUAAUUUUGGGACAAAUUAUCUUCCUCAAUUUGCACUGUGGUUGUUGGUUGCAAUUUACGCCACACAGUGAACUUAGUUACAUUGAGACAAGUCACACAAAGUUGGGUUUUAAUUAAGAUUGUGAUGGAGAGCUGGGGAGAGUUGGUAGGGUUGACUUGGGUGGUAUCAUGGUAAUUGUUUCAGUAUAGUACAGUGUUUUUGUUCAAUAAAAUGUAUUGUUGGGAACCACCUCCCAAGAUACCAGAAUUGCAUGGCUUAUGAAAAAACCAUAUACCAGGGUAUAUAUAGUAUAACGUAUCGAUGGUAUGAAAAACUACAUUCCGCCCAAGCCUUGUGUGGGGGGGUAGAGACAGAGGUUGGGGGAUGUGGAGGAGUGAGGUGGGUGUUCGGGUAAUGCAAAAUUAACAUUAUUGUUCAGACAACAUCUAGUUAAUACCUUCAUUGCUCUAGUAUUUUGCUAAACUCCACCUUUGUUUGUACUUGGUCGGUUUCAACCAACACACAGCAGACCCUCCUCUUAAAACAACAAGUUAAAACUUUACUAAAGAUAACCAAUGGAUGAAACAGCUUUUCCAUUUAUGGCUUUUAGAUUAAUGUUUAACUACAGAACAAAUAAAUCACAGGUUUUGCUUCCUGGUAGAUAUAACCUGUAUUCAAGUCAGAAACAUGCUGUGUGUGUUAAGCGAACCGUGUUCAUGAAAAUAUUAUUAUAAUUCUGUACAGCAAGUUUACAUUGAGAAAACAAGCUUUACAUUUCAAAAAUGAUCAAGUACCAAAAAUCUAGAACUUUUCUGUAUAUCCACUGAAUAGAAAGUAGGAAAUUAACUUGUUGGAAAUACUACCUGUUCAUUUUUCUGUUAUGGAUCGUGAGUACGAGAUCGUUGAAGAGUUGAAGCUAGAAGACUGGAAAGAUUUGGAGCAGGUGACCCCAGUCAAGGUGUUUUUGACUGUACUCUACAUUUUCAUCCUGCUAAUAGGAAUCGUGGGGAACAGUUUAACUAUCAAGGUCACCCAGGUGCUGCGAAAAAAUGGAUACCUUCAAAAGAAUGUUACUGACCACAUGGUAAGCUUAGCCUGCUCCGACCUCCUGGUGCUUCUGAUUGGCAUGCCUGUGGAACUCUAUAGUUCCAUAUGGUUUCCCUUUUCAUCCGCAUCUGGGAAUGUGUCCUGCAAGAUCUACAACUUUGUUUUUGAGACAUGUAGUUAUGCCACUAUCCUGAAUGUGGCCACCCUUAGUUUUGAGCGGUAUAUCGCCAUCUGCCAUCCUCUGAAAUACAAGUCAUUUUCAACAUCUCACACAAUUAAGCUUAUUAUUUUUGCAUGGGUGACAUCUGUUUUAGUUGCAAUUCCACUGUUGUUCGCUACUGGAACAGAGGGUCCCAGGGAUCUGAUGAGUGGCCAGAACAAAUCCUCCUCUCUCACAGAUGCCGCAUAUCAACUGGAACGGGAGCUCAUACAGAACUUGACCUUCUGCACAAACCUCACCUCCAUGUGGGGGAUUUACAGGUCCAGCAUCUUCGUGGCUUUUAUUAUUUACAUCAUCAUUUUGUUGAGUGUGGGAGUCAUGUGCAAAAGAAUGAUCCAUGUGCUGUCAAGCACAAACAAGAACACACUCAAGAAGUCAACCUCGCAAGACACUAACAGUAGGACAUUCGUACCUAAGCAUGAGAGUUCAAAGGUCAAGGAAGCCAGAAAGCAAACCAUCCUCUUUCUAGUACUGAUUGUAGCUGCUCUUGCUGGAUGCUGGAUGCCUAACCAGAUCCGCCGUCUCAUGACUGCAGUCAAGCGCAAAGCAAACUGGUCCAUGCCGUACUUCAGGAGCUAUGUCGUCCUCCACCCAAUAUCUGAUACCUUCUUCUACAUCAGCUCAGUGUUGAACCCCUUCCUCUACAACCUGUCUUCCCGGCAGUUCCGUCGGGUGUUCGUCCAGGUGCUGCUUUGCAAACUGACCAUCACGCAUGUGAAUAAACGGCACGUAAGGCAACCUGACAGCAGCUCUGCCCGCUCUUCUCAUGCCCUCCUCAAUCAAGGACGUUCCACUCGCAUCAGUGAAAAGCCCCACAAGUUCACCACGUUCCAAAGUCCCAAUGAUGACCAGUCACAGAAUCCGAUUAUUCUAUCAGAGACAGACUCAAGCACCAUCAACUUUACUAGUCAGUGUGCAGACAGUGAAGUCUGAUGCUGAUCUAUAUUGAGCUAAUAUGUGGUUUUUACAUAAACGUUGUAGUUCAGAAGUUUGAUACUAGUUUAUUUUUUCUUAGACUAAACUAAAAACUUUGUUUAGCCAUAUUAUUUCACUUCUGAUACAAACUAAAAUUCUUUAAAACAAAAAUGUAACGUUCUUUAGUUAAAUACUAAAACUCAUAUCAAACAAACCAAAUAAUAAAUGCAAUCAUUGACAUUCUCUAUGGAAUAAAUGUGGGGCAUUAUAUACCCUACACACCCCAUAUUUCAUUGUUAACAUGAGAACCCGUCAAGCCACUUGAUGUGUUUGUGUGAGUGAGUACCAGCAAUGUAAUUGGUGUCAAAUAAAUUAACGUGAUAAUA